CUGCUCCUGACGGUAGUGGAAAACAGAUUUUGCAGGAGACUCAGUGUCGGAGUGCAGUCUUAAACAGGAAUGAACUUUCUCUCAUGCCUUGUGCAUCUCUUACUUUGACAAGUGGACCGUCCGUUGAAGCUGGGUGACAUUUUUGGUUCAUUUCCUUGAGGCGACUUGCUUUAGGACUGCACAACUUUCCUUUCCUACAUUUCCCCACUUUUAACGUCUUCUAAAUUAAUCAGCGGAGACUUCCAAGAUGACUUGGACGGCGAACAGCUGUUUUGUCACCCUGGCCAUCCUGUUUCUUUGGCGAGUGGAAGAAAUAGCAGAAGCCUGCAGCUGCUCCCCAGCGCAUCCUCAGCAGGCGUUUUGCAGCUCAGACGUCGUUAUCAGGGCAAAGUUAGUCGGCCAGCAGCAGGUUGAUGUUGGCAAUGACAUCUAUGGGAACCCCAUCAAACGGAUCAAGUAUGACAUCAAACAAAUCAAGAUGUUCAAAGGUCCCAACCAGGACAUUGAUGUCAUCUACACUGCUCCCUCCUCUGCAGUGUGCGGAGUGACUCUGGAGACCAAUGGAAAGGAGUAUCUCAUUACAGGCAAACUGGAGGCUGACGGGACGGUGCAUGUCACACUGUGCGACUUCAUUGAGCCCUGGGAGGCCACGAGCGCCACCCAAAAGAAGAGCCUGACUCAGCGCUACUCAAUGGGCUGCGACUGCAAGAUCACUCGCUGCACCUCCAUCCCCUGCAUGAUCAGCAGCCCAGCGGAGUGCCUGUGGACGGAUUGGGUGAUUGACAAGACAGUCAACGGAGAGCAAGCCAAACACUUUGCUUGCAUCAAGAGGAGUGAUGACUCUUGUGCCUGGUACAGAGGGGCAGCACCGCCCAAAAGGGAUUUCCUGGACAUCGAAGACCCUUAACUCCACCGUCUGCCAAUAGUCCGUGGAUGUCUGCAGUUGAGAUAUACUAACAUAUAAACGCCAGAAACACAAAAAAAGUUGAAUUCUUAUUUUGUUUUGUUUUGUUUUGUUUUUUUUUUUCCUUAUUAAGAGAACCACAAGAUGUGCGCUCUGUGGUGAGAUUGAAAAAGGUGAAACUGUUUUUUGUUUUUAUUUGCAGGACUCGUUAUGUUUUUAAAUCCACAGCCUUAUGAAUUCAGCACUUUCACACACUUGUACGCCUAAAUCCACAGCACUUCCUCAUAAACCACUUCUCCUUCAGAUGAAAUAAAAGGCUGACCAUCACGAUUCAGUAAUGCAGUUCAUAGCAAGUUUUUCCAUUUCCAUGCUAUUAAUUUCCGAUUUCCUUUUUAACCAAAGGUGUUGUUUAAAGUCAGCUAUAAUUUUAAAAUAUAACAAUGUAAAAUGUAACAAUUCUGUGAAUCUGUGUGUUCAUAAAUAACAUAAGCUGGCAGAGCAAUCACAAGGAAUGACUGCCCCAUCCCCACCGUCUUGCCUGUCCUGCUUCAGAUUCUUUCGUAAAACUAUUCCCGUUUUUAUUUUAAAGUAUGGCAAACCUGUUUCGAGUAAGCACACUCAGUGCUUUUGCUAACUGUUUUCAUUUUAAAAAUUGUGAGGAGACAAGAAUGCACUUUGAAAACAGCUGUCACGGCAGUCAGAUUAUCCCAAAUGAAAAAUGUCUGAAAAGGAGGAUUGAAUUCUCCAUUUGGUAUUUUGUAUUUUUUAUGUUACAACUCUUCUUUUUGUAAUGCUUCAAGUGUAAGAGCGUAUUUUAUUUAAGGAGGUUAUGAGUCAUCGUACUCUAUUGCGAAAAUGCCCACAUAUUGUGUCAAAUGAAACCAUUAGUAUUGUGUAUACACCAAGACCAAAUAUUUCAAGUGUUAGCAAAAUACAUGCAUUUUAUGUGCAUUGAAGGUCAAUUUGUGGGCCUUUUGGUUAACUUAAUCGUCUGUCUGACUUAUCCUGUAGGGCAGUGAAUUAAAGAACAUGUUGUAACCAAUCAUCCAUUUACUUGCAGAGCCUUUGAUGACCGUAAAAGUGUUGAGCAAAUGUCAUAUGACUUAAAUAAUUAAUAUGAGAGUGUAAAAAGAUUCUUCAUUUGAAACUGUUGUCAAGUAUGAUGUCUUGUGCUGGUUUCACAUGAGAUGUUUGAGAUUUUUUUUGCAUGCAUAUCCAAACUGAAACAAUACUGUACAUUUGACUAUUAUAUUAAAUGCCAAACCGUG